AGUUGGGCUCAAACCUGCAAUGCAGGCUGGUUUGGUUUAGGAAUCUAGGUGGAUUGUCAAGCGGGUGGCGAAACUGCUGCGCACAGCAUCAAGGUGAAUCCGGGCAGGCGUUGAACGUGGUCGCGUUCGUGAAGGCUUCGCCAUGCUGUUCUUCUCCUUCUUCCGAACACUGGUCGACAGAAAUGUGCAGGUUACCGUAGAACUCAAGAACGACUUGUGCAUCACAGGAACGUUGCAGUCCGCAGACCAGUUUUUGAACCUCAAGCUAGCCAACGUCAGCGUGAAUGAUCCAGACCGAUAUCCUCACUUACUGUCAGUGAAGAACUGCUUUAUCCGAGGAUCAGUUGUGCGAUAUGUCCACCUGCCGCAGCAUGAGGUGGACACAGAGUCGUUGCAGGAUAGCUGUCGGAGAGAGGCGAAGCAGGUGAAGUAAGCCGGGCGUGCGAAGUUGAGCGGGCGGCUCAACGACGCACGGAAGCCGUGAAAGUUGCCUGCAACCAGUAGUUCGCAGAUAUCUACAAAGC